GCCGGCGCAUGCGCAGCCCAGGGCGGAUAGAGAGAGCGGCAAUACCGGGGGAGGGGAAGAUGGCGGACGGUAGCGGCAAGCUGAAGGAGCUGCGGGAACAGAUGGUGGCUGCAGCUCAGGCACUUGCUGAUGAACGAAGAAGCCAGGUUGGCUCCAGUCCCAUUCCCGUCCAUUCCACAGUAAGUGGAAAGACAACUAAGCCAGUAAUUGAUGGCUCAGCUUUAAGAACCGAUGAGAGACAAAGAUUAGCCCGGGAACGCAGGGAAGAGAGAGAGAGGUUAAAUGCUGCCAAAGAAAAAGAAUUAAUUGAAAAAGAAAAGAAAUCUAAACUGCAAUAUGAGAAACAAAUGGAGGAAAAGCAGAAGAAGCUUGAAGAACAGAAAAAUAAGGAUGAGCAGAAGAGGACAGCAGCUGAAGAAAAGCGAAAACAGAAGCUAAAUGAAGAAAAGGAACGCCGAGAGGCAACCUUACGACGUACUCUUGAACGCAGUAGCCAGUUAGACCAGAGGCAGAAACGGUGGUCAUGGGGCGGGUCAGGAGAUGGAGAUAAAUCCAGUGCCCCGGGAAGUGGUUCUCCCAACUUUGUAGAUAAUAUAGACAAAAAUUCUUCCACUGCAGAGGCACAGCCAGAAGAUAAGAGUGGACCCAGCGCAAACAAGCGCUCCACUUCAGCAUCUAAUUUAAAGCAGGCAGACAGCGUUGUGAAUAAGCGAUUGUCCUCUUCAUCUGCCACUCUUCCGACUUCUUCAGAAAAUGGUACCAAGCAGAGAAGUUCGUCAUUAAGCAGACUGAGUAACAGAACUCCUCUCAGUCCACAGCCCCUCUCGCCUAGGGUUUCCAACCAGGACAAUAAAGGUGCAGCAGCCAAGAAGAGAAGCUCUUCGCUCAGUAGAUUGAAUAAUAAAAAAUCUUCUUCACUUGUAGAGGGUGUGAAGCAGGAAGAAAACUCAGCUCUUCGCCCCCAGACCAGUCCUCUGGAUAGUAGUUUAAUCAGUCGCCUCUUCGCCCCCACUCAGUCUUCCCUAGCUAGGAGUAAGAGUGCUGCCACAUUAUCAGCUGAUGGAAAAGAUUCGCCAGAAUCUCACCUCUGUCCUCGUUCAGCUUCAGCCACUACCAUCAAUACCCCACCUUCCGUCUCUAAAGGUCCUAUGCGUAGCCGCAGCAUUGACAGACUGAAGUCCCCUCAAAGUACAACCACCGGUGCCAGCUCCUCGGAAUCUAGCCAGAAACCAGAGCAUGAAAAAUCAUCAACUCCUUCGGCUGGGAAGCGCCCUCCAUCUCCUCCGAAUGUGACACUGAAUAGACGAUCUCCUUCUCCAGCUAGUACUGGAAAGCGAGCUCCCUCACCAACACUUGAAAACUCGCAUACACAAAAGAACCGUCCUCCAUCUCCAAGUUUAUUGAAGCAGAGACCUCCUUCUCCCACAGUGACCCACAAGCCAGUUCCCAUCCAGCGUCCCUCUCUAACACCAGCUGUCUUAAAUUCUACCAAAAAGCUUGCUGAUUCAGAAGCCAAACCAAAGGAGAAAUCUGCAGAAGGAAGCAGCUCAGAGCCAAAAAAUGUACAGGCCUCAGAGAAGGAGGCAACCACUACAAAGACCAAAGAUGAAUCCAGUAAUAAGUCUGUAUCAGGGAGUACUACAGCUGAGGAGGCUGCAAAAAUCCUGGCUGAAAAUCGGCGUUUUGCUCGAGAGCAACGAGAACGGGAGGAGAAAGAACGGAUACAGAGACAACAGGAAGAAAAGAUAAUGCAAGAGGAAAUGGCUCGCAAAGCCGAAGAGGAUAGACAGAGACAGAAAGAGGAGGCAAAAUUACUAGAAGAAAAACAAAAACUGGAGAGGGAGGAAGAAGAAAGAAAAGCUGAAGUAGAAAAACUCCAAAGAGAGCUGGAAGAGCAGGACAGAUUAGAAGAGCUUCAGCAGCAGAAAGAAGAGGCUGAAGCCAGAGCUUUUGAGGAUGCGGAAAAACAAAGGCAAGAAAGAGAAAAAAUCAUGCGGCAAAAUAUGCAGGAAAGACUUGAAAGGAAAAAGAGAAUUGAAGAGAUAAUGAAGAGAACCCGAAAGACAGACCUGGCAGAUGCCAAGAAUGAAGAAAGGUCAGAGGAGGAUGAAGAAAAUUUCAGCCUGGAUAGAAACAUGCAUGAGAGCGAUAAUGGCAUGGAUUCAUGUGAUGAUGCAGAUGGUCUGGAGGAAGAAGUAGUAACACCAACUUCAUCCUCCCCAGAUAUUUUGUCUCAGGAUGCAGCAGUGGAGGAGAGGAAUGAAUUAUUUAUGAACGGGGAUAAGCCAGGCAUUGAUCAGAAAGUUAAUGGACACUUUUCAGAUGCAACACCUCCAUUUUCUUUCUCUAGUCAGGUGGCAAAUGACACUGAUAAUCUGAGCCUAGAUCUCCGUGAGGAUGCCAUAAGAGAUGAACAUAUAACCAAUAUAUAUGGGAAGCCCAGCUCAUGGACGUUUGAGGAAAUAAUUGAUCUGGAAAUUCAUUCCAAGAGUAGCAGCUUGUCUGAGUCCAACACUACUGAUGGCUGCAAUCAGGACCUCAUAGAAGCUGCUACAGUUCCCCCAAAGUUGGCUUUUGAAGAGGGACCCAUGAAUUCUCUGUCCUUGGCUAUUGAGACUGCGGCAGAGAUAUAACACUGUCAGCCAUGGACGUCUGAUUGCACUUCGCUCUCCAGUAUUUAAUAAAGCGCUGAAGCCUUGUCGUUAAAAGCUGCUACGUCAAAAUGUUGCUUGACUGCGGAAUCUUAUAGCAGUGGAAGGAACUGAAGUGACACCGUUAUGACAUUUCUUCAGGGAGAAUAUUUUGGCCGUGUCAUUCAUCGUUCUGUUUUGUUGAGCAGUUACACAGGGUCUCCGAAGUUUACUCUUUAUUCUGUUACAUCUAACCAUAGAGCAUCCUAGUUAUCCCUCACAUUGUUUACUCUGUUGGGAAGUCCUAACAAGCCGAUUACUGUCCAUAGUUGAUCUCUUCAAGCACUUACACACUUGACAACAUUGAUGUUUAACCAGAAAGGUAACAUACAUUUUUGGAGCUAGUAAUGACAUCAUUACCCUUUUGAUUUUUAAUUGCAAUGGUUUCACAUAUAACAAAGACUAAACCGUAUACUAAGCAAAUAAUGUCCCAUUACCCACACACAGC